UUACUUAUUUUUCGACCUCUGUCGACCUUUAGACCCCACGAAAAUUCGAAUUUUAAAUGUAUCGUCACGAGCGCAAUGUUUACAAUUUCCCGAUUAGCCAAUCGAACCCCAAAGUUAGCCAAUGGGAACAAUCGUAAGUUAUCUGUCAUGGGAACUUCUUUCAUAGUAAUGGAAGCGAAUAUAUAUUUAAAAGUAACUUCAAACCCCAUUCGAUACGUGUUCGGAGAGUGUAAAUUCCUCGAUUACUUUAAAAAUUAAAAUAAAAUAAAAUGAAGGAAAGAUCUAAAAAUGCCGCAAGAUCGAGACGAGAAAAAGAAAAUUGCGAAUUUAUAGAAUUAUCACGAAUGUUGCCACUUCCGGUCGCCAUUACUAGUCAAUUAGAUAAAGCUUCUAUCAUUAGACUGACGUCAUCAUACUUAAAGAUGAGGAAAAUUUUCCCUAACGGAUUGGGAGAAGGAUGGGGCAUGUCUCACCUUAACAGCAAUGAAGACACAAUAAGAGAGCUCGGUUCGCAUCUCUUACAAACUCUUGAUGGGUUUGUUUUUGUCGUAUCAUCUGAUGGGAAGAUCAUGUACGUUUCGGAAACUGCUUCUGUCCAUCUUGGUUUAUCUCAGGUAGAAAUGACUGGAAACAAUAUAUACGAGUAUAUACACCCCGAAGAUAAGGAGGAAAUGAGAUCUAUAUUGAAUUUUCAGUCUACCUCUGUUGAAAUGCAGUCAUCUAAUUGUGAAAUUGAGAAAUCAUUUUAUUUACGAAUGAAGUGCAUUUUGGCGAAAAGAAAUGCUGGACUGACCACAUCUGGAUACAAAGUAAUACACUGCAGCGGUUAUAUAAAGCUGAAGCAAUGUAGAAUGGAAACAAAUCUGCAAAAUGUAAGCCUGGUGGCAGUGGGGCAUUCGCUUCCGCCGAGUGCCAUCACAGAAGUGAAAAUGUACAGUAAUAUGUUUAUGUUUCGAGCAAGUCUGGAUCUGAGGCUGAUUUUUCUAGACUCGAGGGUUGCAAACCUCACUGGCUAUGAACCUCAGCAACUUAUAGAACGCACUCUCUAUCAGUACGUCCACGGAUGCGACUGUUUAAACCUUCGUAUCUCGCACGAAAUAUUGUUAACUAAAGGUCAAGUGACGACAAAAUAUUAUCGAUUUCUUCACAAUAAGGGAGGCUGGGUGUGGAUUCAAAGCCAUGCUACCAUUAUUCAUAACAGCAGAUCUUCCAGGCCUCAUUGUAUUGUUAGUAUUAAUUAUGUUAUCAGUGACAUAGAAGCAGAUGAUUUACAACUAGGAUUAUUGCAAACAGAUGGAGGGAAAGAAACAUCUCUAACUGUAAAUCUUACCUCAAAAACUACUCACGAUUUGAACCUUUUCACGGAAAACUUUGAAACCGAACAGCAAAUGAUUUCAGAAGGAAGAAUGUGUUGGAACAAUACUGACUGCAAUAUGAUGGAUUUUGAAGUUUUAGAUAAUAUGGCCGCAUCAAUUUCCUGUUCGCCUAUCGACGAUACUCUCGGCAGAUAUUCCACAAAUGCAAACUGUGAGAUAAUGCAAUUCGAUUCAACUCAAUUUAAUGAAAUGAACCCUCUUCGUCAUCAUUGGUCUACGGAAAUGCACCAGAUGAGACACUAUUUGACCCAAGAUGUAAUGUCUUUUCUUCAGUGUUCAGAGGAAAGUGAAAUUAUGGAUCUUUUCCACAUAUGAAAUGAAUGUUCUGGAAGAUUAUAAUAAAAAAUAAUUAAUAUUUUUUUAUAUAAUUUAAAGCAUAAACUCGAACUUAUAAGCAAUUUGAGAACAAUUGAAGCAUUUUCAGUUUUGUAUUGUGGACAUUGAUUUGGAAUGAUUCCAAAAGACCAGUUUAAACAAAGUUAAUUCUGUUGGGAGUAAAGUAAUUGCUAGAGUGUUCCAAGUAAAUAAUUGUGUCAGCUGAUUAAGAUUAAUUACAUAUAUUAAAGCCUGUUAAAAUUAGAUAUCAGUUCCGAUAAAGCCAAGAUCCACAGUUAUAUUGAAAUUAAGUAUCAAAACUUUUAAAUUUCAAUAAAAUAUUAACUAGCAUGUCACAUUUUCAUUAAAAAAAGUCCAAAGAAAUAUAUUUUAAUUUAACAAAUUAAGGCCAAAUUUCAAUUUGGUACUGCUAUUUAUUUCAGUUUAGUCUCUCACUCAAUUUAGUGCCAAUUCUGGAGGCAAACAAAUGGCAGCACUAAAUUGAAGUUUGGUUGUAAGUUAUUAAAUUAAUGAAAUGCUACUAGAAUUUGUGUUGAUGUUAGUUUGACAGUCACAUAUUUUUUGUAAAAUUAAUAUAUGUAUAAUAAUAA